AAAAUAAUCUAAAUGUAAUCAAGUAGGUUUCAUUUCAUGCUACAUACUAUUUAUAUUUUUAGUAACAAUCCCAUUAGUUAAGUUAGUUAAUGCAUAAUGAGCAGUAUAUUUGUUACAGUAUUUAUUCAUUUUUAUUAAUGUUAGUUUGUGUUAGCUCAGGUCCAUUAAAUAAUAACAACAGAUGCAACUUUUGAUAUUAAUGUGUUAUUAAAUGUUGAAAUUAACUAAGAACAAUGCAUGAUUUAAAAAAUAUUUUUUCCUUAGGUAGUUCAUAUUAACUAAUUAUACAGUGCUACAAAUACUAGUACAGUUUAUACUUACUGUUCUUUACAUGCAAACUGACACUAAUUACACAAUUGUUUAUGGCAUUACUGUAAUAAAAGAUUUUUAUUAAUUAUAUGGUGUGUAAUAGUUCUCAAAAUCUUACAUUUUUAAUAUUUUGUUAAAGUGUUUCCACAUCAUACUUCAUGCUAUAAACUAUAGUGAUACAAAAAUACUACUAUAGUUCAUACGCACUGUACUUGUAUCUAAAUGUACACAAUUCAAAUAAUUUUUUGUGGCGUUAAUGUAAUUAAAAUUAGAUUUUUAUUCAUUAGGAUGGGUUUAAAUGUUCUCAAUGGUCAUGAACUAUUUAAUUAUAUUAAUUUCAUGCUACAUAUUGUUUUGGUAACAAUCCCAUCAGUUAAUGCAUUAACUAACAAGCAGCAGUAUGUUUGUUACAGUAUUGACUCAUUUUGAUUCAUGUUCAGUUUUACAACUUUUCAUUUCGAUGUGUUAGUUAGUAAACGUUGCAGUUAGAAUAAGACAUGGUUUAAAAGCAGUUACAUAUUAACUAACGUAGUUUCUCAUUUUCAGAGUGCUUGAUAUUUUUUGAUUUUGAGGUGAGCUAUGAGCAAGAACGGAGGGUUUGAGUCAGAUUGACCAUCAUCACUGUGUGUCUGAUGAAGAGAUCGGCGUGUUCCUCCUGUGUUCCUCUGAGUGUGAUUGAGUGGAUUCGAUCAGUUCCUGUGCUGCUGGAGGUGGCACUGAUGUCCAGCGGUGGGCGGCACAGAACAGGAGCACAUUCAAUAACCGUCCUGCAGCUCUGUGCCGUGUAGACCGUGGUGAAGAUGAAGGAGCCGUGGCGGCUCUGAGCUCUCCUCGAGAGACAUGGACGUGCUGGAGGCUUCUGGAUCUGGUUCUGGAUCUGGAUCGGGUUGGUGCGGGAGCUGUGGGAACCGAUCGGACUGGGAGGAACCGGAGGACCAGACGCUCUUCACCGACACUGAGCUUGCGGUGUUAACCACGCUGUGUGUGCCGUUGCUGCUGCUCGGCCUGCUGGGAAACGCCCUGACCAUUCUGGUGGUGUGGCGACGCCCACAAAUGAGAAGCACCACCUACCUGUACCUGAGCAGCAUGGCCAUAUCAGACAUCCUCAUUCUGCUGCUGAUGCCUCUGGAUCUCUAUAAGCUGUGGCGGUUUCGUCCGUGGUUGCUAGGCGACGCCGUGUGCAAGCUGUCGAUGUUUGUGGGAGAAUGUUGCACGUUCUCGUCCAUCCUGCACAUGACUGCGCUGGGGGCGGAGCGAUACCUGGCUGUGUGCUUUCCCCUCCGCGCGCGCUUGCUGGUCACCAGGGGGCGUGUCCGAGCGCUGAUCGCGGGGCUGUGGGGCGUGGCCAUGCUCAGCGCGGGGCCGGUGUUUGCGCUGGUGGGCGUGGAGCAGUUUGAGGGCGGAGCCAGCGAGUGCCGAUGCACGCAGUACGCACAUACCUCCGGCCUUCUGAAAGCCAUGCUGUGGCUCUCCAAUCUGUACUUCAUCUGUCCGCUCACCAUCCUGUCGCUCCUGUACGGCCUGAUCGCCCGCCGCCUGCACCUGCGCGCGCACACGCACCGAGACAAAACACACCGCCAGACCCUCCGCAUGAUGGUGGUCAUUGUGCUGGUGUUCAUCUUGUGCUGGCUGCCCUUCCACGUGAGCCGGACGCUGUUUUCGGUCUCAGACUCCAGUGAUCAGCUGUAUUACAUCAGUCAGUAUUUUAAUCUGGUGUCUUUAGUGCUGUUUUACGUCAGCGCUGCUGUGAAUCCUCUGCUGUAUAACAUCAUGUCCGCUCGCUACCGCGCCAAUGUCCUCGCCAUGCUGCGGCUAACAGUGGGCUCCACGGACGAGCUGCGCCACAGGGCCCGCACCUCCCCGCUCACCGCCUCUCACUCCAGUACACACUUCUGACCGUGUGUGUGUGUGUGAGUGUGUGUGUGUGUGUGUGUGUGUGUGUGAGGCUUGAAACAAACUACAGGACUCUGGAGGAAACUACUGAGGUUUGUUAUGGCCACAAGAAUGCACUGUGAUUGUGUAACUGUGGGAUCUGGCCAAGCAUGUUUAUGUUCACUUUUUGCAUUCAUUUGUGUAUUUAGAGUCAGCACCGUCCCUCGUGUGCGUGCACUGCAGAUGAACAACAGCAUAUCUACAAAUGGACAGCGUCACUGAGCUUUUUAGCAACACUAUAGAUAGACAGAUAUAUAUAUAAUGUGUCUCUGUGUGUGUUUUUAUUGUAUUUAUUGUGUUGGAUGGGGCUUAUUUCAUAGAUAUUGAAUAAAAGGCUGUUCUUUGUGACACUGUGAUGUUUUAUGAAAGCAAUAGUGCUUUGAGGGAUGAAGAUGCUGCUGCUUUUAUGGAUCUGCACAUACAUGUUAAUGUCAGGUAAAUGAUUUCUACUUUAUGAUUUCUAAUUUUAACUGCAGUUUAUGUUCUCUGUAUUUAUUUAGAAGGUAUUUUCAUUUAUUCCAAUGUGGAUAUAUCA